UGACAUCCAAACAAAGAGGAUGGAACCCUUCAUGUGUGCUCUUGUUUUCAUUUUCUUAAAUCGUGUUUGUGGCUCAGGCAAUUUGACCAAUACUACUUCUUCAGUCUCUGAUUCACUCUCUACAUUUUCAUUAUCAGCAUUAUCUCAGACUUCAUUUUCAACCACUAAAGCAGCUGCAGUCACUGCCUCAUUACCUACAAGUACAAUGCCAACAGCAACAAACAUAAGUACUGUUUCAUCAGAAAACCCAAGCACACUUAUAAGAAUCACAACAAAUAUCAUAUCAUCUUCAUUGGCAUUAACAAAUACCUCUGCUAUGUCAUCAAACUCACUAGUAUUACCCUCAACAAGUGCUAUAACAUUUACUGAAAUUAGUCCAACUUCACCAAGUACUACAACUGCUCCCACAACAUCACAAUACAACAAUCCACCUUUACUGAACACAACAUUCACAACAAGUUCCUCAGCCUCUGCAAGUACAGUUCCAAUAACUGAUUCAAAUAAUUCCUUUCCAUCCCCUUUUACAAUGGACACUUUAAAAACGUCAAUAAAUGCUACUUCGUUACCUUUAUCAUCAUCAUCCACAAAUACUUCUUGGACAACUUCUUCAAACAUGACCUUAUUCUCAUCAGACACAACACUGUCACCCUCAAGAAACUCUGCAGUAAGUGCAGAAACUAUUAUUUCACCAACAACACCAACUAGUCUUUUGGCGAAUGCAACAGCAACAUCCAAAGUAAUGUCUUCACCAAAUAUAGCAUUCACUGAAGCUUCAUCAUCCUCUGCAAACACAGUUUCUGAAAAUUCUACUAAUUAUUCGGUUUCAUCCUCAGUUAGAACUAUUAUGACAGGUACACCAAUCCCUACUUUAUCUUCAUUAAGCACAAACACUUCUAUAGCAGUUACUCCAAAUUCUGCUACACCAUCAGGCUCAGCGGUAUUAUCCACAGCAAGUGCUUUAACAUCUGCUGAAACUAGCCCUACUACAAAUACUACUGCAAAUGCUCUUUCAACAACUGCAACAUUACAAUAUACCAAUACACCUUUACUAAAUACAACUUUCAAUACCAUUUCCUACUCCUUUACAAAUACAGUUCCAACAAAUAUUUCAAACAGUUUCUUUUCAUCCUCAUUCAAUACAGGUGUUUUCACAAGUGUAACAAGUGCUACUUUAUUACCAUCAUCAACAACCACAAACACUCCUAGAACAGCUUCUCCAAACAUGGCCUUAUUCUCAUCAAAUACAACAUUGCAAUCAUCUUCACCAGUAAUUAAUGUGUCUUCAGCAAUGUCAGCUGCUACUAGUCCUUCAUUAACUUCUCCAAGUCGUCUUGUGACAUCAGUAUCCACAAACACCACUUUGGCAACUGUUGACAAUACUGCAUUUUCCUCAUUAAGUGCUUUUUCAGUAACACCUGCAAGUACUAUUUCUGAAACUGCAAUAGCUACAAACACCAGUGUUUUCCCCUCAUCAUCUGCAGAUGCAGCUACUUUAGCUAAUAAAAUUUCAUCACCAUCUUCAAGUUCUCAUCCUGCUACUGCAGCAAAUACUACUCUUUCGUCAUCAUCCACAAAGGGAACAUUUUUUACUGCUUUCCCAAAUACAACAGUUGCUAUUCCAGUACUGCCAUCUUCCAGUAUGACUACUGAUACUUCCUCAGCAACUAUUCUCAUUUCUUCAGCUCAACCAGGACAAUACAUUGUUCAGAAUUUAAGUGCUGUCGUCCUUAAUGCUACUGCUGUGUUCCUUUACUGGGAUGCACCUAUUGGAAAUGCCAUUCGCUAUAAUGUUGUUCAGAGCAACAGUGGUAAUUCAAGUUCUAAGUUUGUGCAGGAGCGUUUUCUCACGAUUAAUGGCCUGCUACCUCUUAGCACUCACACAAUACAGGUCAGUGCUAUAGCAAAAGAUGGGACACAAGGAGACCCUGUGUCAAUCACUGUGACUACAAGUGGUGUGAGUCUUCAUUAUGAAAUAUCAGUUGGCAGUUUCGUUGCAUUGGAUGAGCAAACAAGAAGCAUGAUAUUGGCGAUGAUCACCAACAAUCUUCAAAAACUAUUUUCAUGGAAUGAGUUUACGAUAUCUUUAACAUGAUGAAGAAUCUGGCACUCCAAGUGUUCACUUGUUCAUAAUGUCUGAAGACAAGCUACACCUCUAGGGGAAAAUAAACUGUUUUAAUCCAA